GGAAAGCCAGAGCCCGCUGUCCGUACUCAAGAUCCCAUCUCAGCGCGAGCGGUUCCGAAGCCAAGCUCUUCUUCCACUCUCGAGCUCUCUGCAGCCUUCUGCCUUCUCACUGCCCGGCAUCUGCCCCCGGGGCAAUGAAACUGGCAGCAAUGAUCAAGAAGAUGUGCCCCAGCGACUCUGAGCUGAGUAUCCCUGCCAAGAACUGCUAUCGGAUGGUCAUCCUCGGCUCAUCCAAAGUGGGUAAGACGGCUAUCGUGUCGCGCUUCCUCACGGGCCGCUUCGAGGACGCCUACACCCCUACCAUAGAGGACUUCCACCGAAAGUUUUACUCGAUCCGCGGGGAGGUCUACCAGUUGGAUAUACUGGACACAUCUGGCAAUCAUCCAUUUCCCGCCAUGCGGCGCCUCUCCAUCCUCACAGGAGAUGUUUUCAUUCUGGUGUUCAGCUUGGACAACCGGGACUCAUUCGAGGAGGUGCAAAGGCUCAAACAGCAGAUCCUAGACACAAAGUCUUGUCUCAAGAACAAAACCAAAGAGAAUGUGGACGUGCCCCUGGUCAUCUGCGGCAACAAAGGGGACCGGGACUUCUACCGCGAAGUGGAGCAGCGGGAAAUUGAGCAGCUGGUGGGCGACGACCCCCAGCGUUGUGCCUACUUCGAGAUCUCGGCUAAGAAGAACAGCAGCCUGGACCAGAUGUUCCGUGCGCUCUUUGCCAUGGCCAAGCUGCCGAGCGAAAUGAGCCCAGACUUGCACCGCAAAGUGUCCGUGCAGUACUGCGACGUGCUGCACAAAAAGGCUCUGAGGAACAAGAAGCUUCUGCGUGCCGGUAGUGGUGGUGGUGGUGACCCCGGCGACGCCUUCGGCAUCUUGGCGCCCUUUGCGCGCAGACCCAGCGUGCACAGCGACCUCAUGUACAUUCGUGAAAAAACCAGUGUUGGCAGCCAGGCCAAAGACAAGGAACGCUGCGUCAUCAGUUAGGAGCCCCCCCCUUCCCAUCCCCCAGCGUCAGCCACACAACCUGAGGACCUUUUUGUUCAAAAGUCAAAUAGAAUUCCCGGGCUAGCCCGCGUGCUCCAUGCCAUGAGGGUGUCAAUCGGCCUCCUCCCUCCCUGCGACCCAGCCCUGAGCACCA